AUGUUCUCUCGGCUUGUUUGCAUCAGUGAUUAUGAACAACAUGCUAAAUCUGUACUUCAGAAGUCUAUAUAUGACUACUAUAAAUCUGGGGCAAAUGAUCAGGAAACCUUGGCUGAUAAUAUUGCAGCAUUUUCCAGGUGGAAGCUAUAUCCAAGGAUGCUCCGGAACGUUGCUGAAAUAGACCUGUCGACUUCUGUUUUAGGGCAAAAAGUCAGUAUGCCUAUCUGCGUUGGGGCCACUGCCAUGCAGUGCAUGGCUCACGUGGAUGGGGAGCUUGCAACAGUGCGAGCCUGCAGGUCACUGGGGACUGGCAUGAUGCUGAGUUCCUGGGCCACCUCCUCAAUUGAAGAAGUGGCAGAAGCUGGUCCCGAGGCGAUUCGCUGGCUGCAGCUGUACAUCUACAAGGACCGUGAGGUCACCAAGCAGCUUGUGCAGAGGGCUGAGCGAAUGGGCUACAAGGCCAUAUUUGUGACGGUGGACACACCUUACCUGGGCAACCGCUUUGAUGAUGUGCGUAACAGGUUCAAGAUGCCACCCCAACUCAGAAUGAAAAAUUUUGAAACCAGUGAUUUAGCAUUUUCUCCUAAGGAAAAUUUUGGAGACAAAAGUGGACUUGCUGCAUAUGUGGCUAAAGCAAUAGACCCAUCCAUCAGCUGGGAGGAUAUUAAAUGGCUGAGAAGACUGACAUCUCUGCCCAUUGUUGCAAAAGGCAUUUUGAGAGGUGAUGAUGCCAAGACGGCAGUUAAACACGGUUUGGAUGGGAUCUUGGUGUCAAAUCAUGGGGCUCGACAGCUUGACGGGGUGCCAGCCACUAUUGAUGCUCUGCCAGAAAUAGUGGAGGCUGUGGAAGGGAAGGUGGAGGUCUUCCUGGAUGGCGGUGUGCGGAAGGGAACUGAUGUUCUGAAAGCUCUGGCCCUGGGAGCCAAGGCUGUGUUUGUGGGGAGACCGAUCAUUUGGGGCUUGGCUUCCCAGGGAGAGAAAGGUGUUCAGGAUGUUCUUGAGAUACUGAAGGAGGAAUUCUGGUUGGCCAUGGCUCUGAGUGGGUGCCAGAAUGUGAAAGUCAUCGACAAGACAUUGGUGAGGAAAAAUCCUUUGGCUGUUUCCAAGAUCUGA